AUGAUCACGUGCGUACAACACAACCACUCGGGAACACAUCUGCUGUCAGGAACCUCAGCAGGAACGGUCCAACUGUGGAACGCCGAGACCCACAAACACGUGACCACGUUCGCCCAGGAACAUGCGGUCUCACGUGAUCUGCGGGCGAUUGCGAUCUCCCGUGACGGCGAGAUUUUCGCGUCUGGUGGCGACGACAGACACGUGAUUGUGUGGGACACGGCGCGCGGCAGCCUCGUUAGCCGGCUUUCCGACCACCUGGGCCAUGUGACUGACGUCAGCAUUCCCGGGUGGUCACGUGACCUGCUGUUUUCGGCGUCGCACGACGGCACGGCCAAGUGUUGGGAUUUGCGGGCGCGGAGCAGCCGGGCUCCGAUCCAGUCGUUCAAGUCACGUGGUGCCAUCAACGGCGUUGCGUCGCCCGCCGCCGGGUAUGUGGUCACAUGUUCUUCCGACGGAAGUAUGUCUGUUUACGAUGUUCGGGCCGGUGAGCAGGCUGUUACUACGGUUACCGGGGAUGUUGUCUCCGGCAUGACGGUUUCUCUGUCUUCGCCGUUCAUUGUAGGGUUGGGUUCACGUAAUGUGUUUCUCUGCGAUCUCGGGACUGGUCUUGAGUUGGAGCGGAGGGUUUGUGGGUCUGCAACUUCUGGGAUCAGUUUUUUUGACAACGAUUCAAAGGUGGUAGUUUCUGCGGGACACGACUUGUUUUGGUAUCAAGUUGGGGGGGAAAAGAGUGGUCGGAGGAGUUUGGGGGGGAAAGUUGGCUCAUUUUCGGUCGAUAACAGGAAGGGGACCAAAGAACUUGCUGUUGUGGUUGGGGGGGAGUUGGAGUGGAUCAGGGUGGACGGAAGCGAGGGCCCAGGCGGAAGCGAGGGGCCGGAGGUGUCGAGUGGACAACCCUGA